AUGAGCGAGCUAAUGACCAAGGACAACGGGGGCUGGUCCCCUCUGAUGUUCGCUUCCCGCAGAGGAAACCGCUUUGUUUUCUUCGCGGCUAUGCAGGCGUUCAUCGACAGGGGAGAAGAAGGCUCUCGAUUGUUGAAGGAGCAACUGCUGGCGGGCAGCGAAGACAGAGAGAAGGGGUCCAUCUUGGAGUCGGUGGCUAUGGCCGGGUGGCUGUCACGGGGUCCCCAGCUUCAGCCUGCGGUGUUGGAGUUGCUGGACUCCGCGUGGGACGAGCUUGAGAGGAGUCUGGACGACCGCUUGUUGGUGUCCGGGGCUCGUGGAGUCCUGCGGGCCGCGUUGCGUGAGGGACUGCUUCCUGGAAGCUGUGGCUUCGGCCAGAAAACGCUCGAGAAGCUUGUCCUACAGGUUUUGACCAAUCUCCCCGUGUCAGCGCGUGCCUUCAACAAGCGUGGGAUCGGCGGCGGCAGGAGCAACAUCUUCAGCAGGAUGAACAGCUUCGCCCGGAUGAACAGCGGCGCGAGCAUGGUAGGCGCUGGAGGAGGUGGUGGGAGUGGCGGCGGUGGUAGUGGUGGUGGUGGAGGUGGCGGGAACAAUCGGCACCGACGCUUCGUGAAAGGCACUAGUUUCAACUCUGGGAACACCACCUCGGCAACGACAGGUGCUGCUUGUAGUGGUGGCGGGGGGGGGGGCACCAACGGGAUGGUGACGAUGGGGCCCCACUGCGGUACCGUACUCCUGGCUGGACUGGGACAAGAGGCGGGGUCUGGGAAGGCCGGCGAUUCCAGACGUGGCGCGGUGAUCUUCAACGCCAGAGCCAAGGAGAGCCUGUUGGUUGCGGAAUGGGUGUUCGAGCCGGAGUCGGAGGCGGUUGGCAUGCGGGGUGCGGCGUUCGAGGGACCCUUGGCAUUGGCUCUGCAAAUGGGAUGGACAGAGCUGGUGUGCUCGCCCCUCGUACUAGACCUGCUGUGGGCGAAACUUACGGCAGGGGUGGAGCUCGAUGUGCACUCGUGCGGAGCCAAUCCCGCCCAGUGGUACGCAAGGCUACCGGGGCCGUCAGCAGGGUCGGCGCCGGCGCCGGCGGUGACAGCGGCAACACCCGUCCACAACACCGCGGCUGCGGCGGCGGCAGCGGCGGCGGCAGCAGCAGCAGCGGCGGCGGAUGCGACCGCGACGAGAGUGGAAGGGGUGGACCCGCGACGAUCAUCGCCUGGGCACUUGAAGAAUGCCGCUGCCAGCUGGGAUAUUACCAUCGCGCCUUCGCUGCAGGCCGUCCUUGUGGGAGUUGCAACAGGACCAGACGUGUUUUAUCGGGUGCCCGCCGCCAGACUCGCCCUGGACGCUGUCGUUUACCUGUUGAUGCUGGCGAUCUACACGGUCGCUCUGUACAGAGUUGAGCCUGGGAGCGUCGACCCUUGGGAGGUGCUCUUGUACAUCUGGGUGCUGAGCAUGUGUUUCAGCGAGGUGGCUACGGGUGUGUGGGGGGUUGUUGGCGAUGCGGACACAGAUCCGAGGGAGGGGGGCACCGCGGCAGAGCCGCUGGGACAACGACACCGAGUGAAACGUUCACGAAAACGGGGUUCUUUGUGCAGUUGUUCUUCUCCUUUUUUCGGGGGGAAGUUUUCGACCGUGGUGCUGAUGGCGGCCAUGAUGUGCAGGCUGGGAGACUACGUACAGGAUUCCGGUGGCGAUGCGGUAGACGGCGAGUGGAGGUGCUUCCAGGGUUUCGUGGCCCUCCUCGCUUCGGCGGCGCCGCUGCUUCUCUUCCGUUUGCUCGGAGGAGUUGCUGCGUUUCUGCCGGUGCUAGGCCCCACUGUCAAGGCGAUAUCCCUUUUGGCGCGGGAGGCGUCGAAGGUCCUCCCCAGCCUGGCGUGCCUUCUACUCGGGACGGCACUAGCCUUGCACGUCAUGUACGGCGACGGUUCCCCCCUGCUGGAGGGGACGGAGCUACCCGGGGGUUCCGUGGAUGGGUUCCGGACGUUCGGGGUGUCGUGCAGGACCGUGGCGAGGGCUGGGUUUGGAGACAUCCAAGUGCUGGACGAGGAUGUUCCGUACGGUGAGCCCCUAUACGUGCUCCUCUACGUGUUCGCUGCGGCCGGGGCGCUGGGGUUGGUGAGCAUCUUAGUCGGGGUUCUGUCGAACUUAAAGGAGGCCAGUCCCGUCGAGAUGGAGAAGAACUUUCAGCUCGCAAGAGCAAGGUUGAUAGUGCGAGCGGCGGAGGCUUCCAGGCGCAACGUUUUGCCGCCGCCCUUUAACUUGGCGCAGGGGGGCUUGGCGCUGGUGGUAUCGGCAACUCAAUGCCACCGACACGUGUCAGAGAGACGACAGGCCGUGUCAGGCGCGUGUUCGGUGCAUGGACGGUUCGUGUUCUGGCUAGUCCUGGGACCCUUGGCCCUGGCUUCGGCGAUGCUGCUGAACUUGGCCGCGCUCUUCUGUUUUUGGUGGUUCAGCGUGAAGCGCCUGUUCGAAGAUCCUCGGCGGGCCCCGAGGAUGCUGUACGUCCUCUUAUGCACCACGCUUUGUUGCGGAGUGUGCGCCCCCCUCAGGCUGCUGGGGUGGUGGGUUGCGGCUGUGUCGUGCGUGCUGAAAGGAGACAAGGUGGGACAGAGAGCACGGACGGCUGUGAGGAAGGCUGUCUUGAAGGGGAGAGAGGGCGGGGACUACCACCUGUCGCAUCUCUUGAGGCGAACGAGGUGGGGGGCGGGCGGAGGAAGCAGCAGCCUCGCGCAGGGCUUUUCGGUGCGCGACAUCGCGGCGGCGAUGGACGAUCCGCUGCAGAGGGGUGGUCCCUUUAGAAACGUGUCGUCGUGCUUCGCGGACGAAGGGCCGAGCACUGUGGCGCAGAUGAAGGCUUUAGCCAAGCGCAACCACGAGAACGAAGCGCGCAUUUCGGACAGGCUUAAGGGGCUCGAGGUGGCCGUCCUUGGUACUCUCGCUCGUAUGGAUGCCGUUUCAGAGGAGACCGCAAAAGUGCAGCAGGAGUAUCUCGCAUCGCAGUCCGUCCGGUUAUAGCAGCAGCUGCAAGCAUCCAACGUUGUCAAGGUUUCGAGGAUUGAUACUUUGUUGUUGAUGUCGAAAACUGCGGUCAUGACGAGAGGGAGGGAGGGAGGGAGCAACGAAGGAGACAGAUGGCGGGAGCCAUGGGCGCGGAGGUUGGUUACACCGUCCAUGCCUGAGGUGACUUCGCCGGUGUCGCAAUGGGCUAAAAAAUGCAUGAAAAGAAUGACGGCAAUUGGAAGAUAAAGAGAGAGGGAGGUGUGUGCGUGUACGGUGAGGUACGGAACGGUUUAAGGUUUUGCUGGCUGUGCAGAAGAAGCGUAAGGAAUCGAGAUAUAGAGGGUAAUUGGGCAGGAAGUGUGACUGCUGCGUGCAGCUUUCGGGUGGAUGAUCGUUUUGUGGACGGAAGUAAAUGUUAAUGUUGAUCUGGGGGUGAUAUUUGCACGGGGUGACUGGUUGUGUGUGUGUGUUUAUUUUUUUGGAGAGAUCAUGAUGGAAACAAUAGUGACCGACCUGUUGUGUUUUUCGAGCGAUGCGUGCGUGAAAGGAUUGAUCCGUACCAUGUGGGAACGUUUUGGUGUUUGCGUGCUUGGUAGGGAAGAGGGUUGGUUUGUGGAUCUUACAUAUCCUGCUGGAGCGAUGUAGCCUGCAGAGCACAGCGAUCGAUGUUGUGAUAAAGGGGAGCAAGCGUAGGGGGUGGGGGUAGGCUGGGCGUAUUGUUUACUGGUGACGCGUGUGUUCCGGUGAUGGUUUCAAGUGGAACAGGGCGGCGUAGAAACAGAGGUAUUGAUGGCGGCGGUGGGGUUUAGGGGCGUGUGUGGUAGAAAGCGCUUUCGGAUGGCAUGUGCUCGGUCGAUGACUGACGAUUGUUCUUACGUCUCAGGUGUUUUUUAUUUGUUCCUUCGUGAUUGCUGUGGUGUUUUACACCCAUACAGGAGCAUGAUUGUUGAGGUGGACCAUGAGCUUGGCUUUCGUAGCCUGCCGUCUGCUGGCAAGCCGGUUCCCCCCCCCCCCCCCCCACCCGCUUCACCCGUCCCACCCCGUCACGUUUGGUACAGUCACACGGGUUUUCCGCUUCGCCAAAGGUUAACGAGAGGGUAGAAUGAUGCCCUGUACAAGUAGAGGCAACGGGGUACAGCGGUUUCAGCCGAGUGUUUAAGAUCGUAGCUUGCAACUACUUGCUUCCUUUCUCUACCGCACCAUGACCUACUGAAACUGGGGGCAAACGUUUUUUUCGCUGUUGGCAGGAAGAGGAAAAAAUUUCGGCGCUCGCUGUACACGACACCACAGCCAGUCAGUCAUCUUGCAGUAUUUCAAGGUUUGGUUAGCGUAGAGUUAUUUAAAAGGGCGGAAGCCUGGAGCAUGAUGCCCCUGAUUCCAACACGGCUCAUUUGUUGUGUUGACCUUGUAUUGGAAUCCCUGUUGGUCUGUAUUAGAGUAUGAUGUGGGUAUCGAUUGGUCUGUUUGGUCUUGUAUGUAUUUGUCCUUGCUUUGUUUCCGCGCCGCCCGCUACGUUGUCCCCAUCUUUUCGAGCGAAGGGUUAGGGUUUGAUGUGGUAGUGUUGUUCUGUUUGGACCUUCGGUGUUUUGUUCGGGUUCUAUGCGUUCUCCUUCCUCUCUCGAGUUUCUCUCCGAAUUUCGUCUGUUGUUGCAAACCAUGACAAACUCAAGAAAACGAUUGUUUCGGCUCCGUGUGCGUUGGUCUAUACUGGUAUUCUACUCUGGUUGCCCUGUAAAUCACUCCAAGAAAAUUGGUUUUGAAAGGAACAGACGACUUGAGCCGCACCGAUUGAUUCGGAAGAGAUAAAGUAAGAGUCGCGGAGGAGAUUUGCCUCGCGAUCGGGGCAGAUAUCAAGCACCCUGUCGUAGCUCCCA